GAUAUCAUCAUGGAUUGUCCUCAAUCUGGAAAUGCCACAGCGGAGACGGACGAGCGCUUGAACACCGGGAACGAUGAUACAGAUGAUGUUGAAGUCCGAAUGCGCAAGGCAUCCUGGGAACCCAGUGUUCUGUCCUCCGUUGGAAAGGAGAUCCUUUAUUUCGCCGGUCAUGAGAUCAGCAUCUGGGAGUCUCUUGAUUCAUUUGGUUCUGUCAUCUGGCCAGGAGCUCUGGCUCUGUGUCACUACCUUGAAUCUAAUCGAGCGACGGUUGAUCUUCUCGACGAGGCGGUGCUGGAGAUUGGAUCUGGCACAGGUCUCGUGUCCAUCGUGGCCAGUCUGUUGGGUGCUUGGGUGACAGCAACGGACCUGCCAGAGGUCCUCGGGAACCUGAGAUGCAACCUGUCCAGAAACACACGGGGCCGCUGCAGAUACACCCCGCAGGUGGCGGAGCUCUCUUGGGGUCAUGAGCUCGAGAAGACCUUCCCUCAUUCAGUCUACAGAUACGACUACAUCUUAGCAGCCGAUGUGGUCUAUCAUCAUGACUUCCUAGAAGAAUUACUGGUCACCAUGCGCCAUUUCUGCCAGCCCGGAACAACCCUCAUAUGGGCCAACAAGACCCGCUUUGAUUCAGAUCUGGUUUUUGUGGAGAACUUCAAAAAAACAUUCAACACCACCUUGCUGGCAGACAACGGAGAAGUUAAAAUUUACUCUGCCACCAUGAAAGACGAAAGUGCACUAGUGACGUCAAAAGAGACCGAAGGGGUUGCGAAGAAACAAGUCAAAGACGUUGACAAGAACGAGUCAAAGCAAGAGAUUAGGUAAAAGGUCAAACAAAAGGCUGUAGAACAGGUUCAAGAAUAUGAUAAUAAAGAUGUGCAAAGGAAACCAGGAUAUGUUGUUAUGGAAAAUCGGGAGGAAACGUUAAAAUUGGAAGAUA